AUGGCCAUCCUGAGACCACUCGUGAAGCCUAAGAUCAUCAAAAAGAGCACCAAGAAGUUCACUGGGCACCAGUCAAACUGAUAUGUCAAAAUUAAGUGUAACUGGUGGAAACACAGAGGUAUUGACAACAGGGUUCAUAGAAGGUUUGAGGGCCAGAUUAUGCCCAACAUUGGUUAUGGGAGAAACAAAAAGACAAAGCACAUACUACCCAGUGGCUUCUGGAAGUUCCUGGUCCACAACGUUAAGGAGCUGGAAGUACUGCUGGUGUGCAACAAAUCUUACUGUGUUGAGAUCACUCACGAUGUUUCCUCCAAGAACUGCAAAGCCAUCUUGGAAAGAACAGCCCAGGUGGUCAUCAGAGUCACCAAUGCCAAUGCCAGCCUGCACAGUGCAGAAAGUGAAUAGACAGUGAAUGUGUUUGUUUUAUUGGGGUUUAAAUAAAACCAAUAAAACUGUAAAAACAAAAACAACAAAA